GAAGAUAGAGGGCUGGAUUUAGUUGCAGGAGUAUAAUAUAAGUUGUAUAUAGUUAGUUAGUAGAUGAAUUUAGAAGGUGAGGAUGGAGGCGGCCGGAGCGCUUGCAAGCUUGGCGCCGUCGCCUAUCACCGUGCUGGGCCUGAUACCACUCCUGGCACUUGGGAUCACGUACUUCAGAUACCAGCAAUACGAUCCGGAGUCAUACAUUACGGACGUCAAUGUUAUAAUGCCGAUUUACGACUUUGUGAUAGCGGGCGGCGGAUCAGCGGGCGCAGUUGUUGCAUCGCGACUGUCAGAGAUCGGCAACUGGACCGUGUUGCUGCUCGAGGCCGGACAGGACGAGAGCGAGAUUUCCGACAUCCCCGCGCUGGCCGGUUACACACAGCUCUCCGACAUGGACUGGAAGUUCCAGACGACGCCUUCUAACAACCGCUCCUACUGCCUCGCUAUGAACGGCGACCGCUGUAAUUGGCCGCGCGGCAAGGUCCUCGGUGGUUGUAGCGUCCUCAACGCCAUGGUUUACGUCAGAGGAAACCGUAACGACUACGAUUUGUGGGAAGCGCUGGGUAAUCCCGGAUGGUCUUACGAUCAAGUUCUGCCGUAUUUCUUAAAAUCCGAAGACAAUCGAAAUCCAUAUCUCGCCGAAACUCCUUACCAUUCGACCGGAGGUUACUUAACGGUUCAGGAAGCUCCGUGGCGUACGCCUUUGUCUAUAACUUUUCUCAAAGGUGGUAUGGAACUGGGUUACGAAUAUCGUGAUAUAAAUGGUGCGAAACAAACCGGUUUUAUGUUGACCCAAGCAACCAUGCGCCGUGGCAGCCGAUGUAGCACGGCUAAAGCGUUUCUCCGACCGGUCCGUCAACGAAGUAACCUGCAUAUCGCUCUAGGAGCGCAAGUAACAAGGAUUUUAGUCAAUCCCGCUAAGAAGCAAGCAUACGGCGUCGAAUUCGUUCGAAAUGGUGAACGACAGAAGGUGCGUAUAAAGAGAGAGGUUAUAAUGUCCGCUGGCGCUUUAGCCACACCUAAGCUUCUCAUGCUGAGCGGCAUCGGGCCCGCAGAUCAUUUGAGAGAGCAUGGAAUACCGCUGAUCGCUAAUCUGAAAGUCGGUCAUAAUUUGCAAGAUCACGUCGGACUCGGCGGUUUAACGUUCGUCGUCAAUAAGCCGGUGACUUUCAAAAAGGACCGCUUCCAAACGUUUGCAGUCGCAAUGAACUACAUAUUAUACGAAAAAGGUCCGAUGACUACACAAGGCGUGGAGGGGCUGGCCUUUGUAAAUACUAAGUACGCUCCACCGUCAGGCAACUGGCCCGAUAUUCAGUUUCAUUUCGCCCCGAGUUCAGUGAACUCUGAUGGCGGUGAACAGAUCAGAAAGAUUUUGAACUUACGUGACAGGGUUUAUAACACUGUAUAUAAACCUAUAGAAAACGCGGAGACUUGGACCAUACUACCACUAUUAUUGCGACCUAAGAGCUCUGGCUGGGUGAAACUUAAGAGUAGAAAUCCAUUCCAUCCACCGUCAAUAGAGCCCAAUUAUUUCGCUUACAAGGAAGAUAUUCAAGUUCUAACUGAGGGUAUAAAGAUAGCUUUUGCGCUGUCUAAUACGACGGCAUUCCAGAAAUACGGAUCUCGACCUCAUAACAUUCCGAUGCCAGGCUGUGCGCACCUUACUCUUUUUAGCGAUGAGUAUUGGGAAUGUUGUUUGAAACAUUUCACUUUUACCAUUUACCAUCCGACUGGCACUUGUAAGAUGGGACCAAAACACGACCGCGAUGCGGUAGUUGAUCCCAGAUUAAGAGUCCACGGUGUUGCCAAUUUACGUGUGGUCGACGCCAGUAUCAUGCCGACUAUUAUCAGUGGUAACCCUAAUGCUCCUGUGAUUAUGAUAGGCGAAAAGGCGUCAGAUAUGAUUAAAGAAGACUGGCUUGUGUUGUGAAAAAUCGUGACACAUUUGUAAAAUUAAUGAGUCAAACGUAAAAACUAUUUUUCACAGAAUACU